GCCCAUUGCUCUUGCAUUUCCGGAAGACAGUUGUAGCGUUCCUCAAAGAAACAAAAUGGAUUCCUGAAACUACACUUAGCCGAACAGCCGAGCGUUUUUUAAAGGUUACAGCACGAACAACUUGGCCGUGCGCGCCCAUAUUUACUCCCAUCAUCGAACAGCAUCUAGAUCUUGCUGGAGACUGGAUAAUAGCCCUCAACCUCUUUCCCUUCUGAGCCAAUGGAAGGGUCUGACAGUUCAGAGCAGAGCGGCAGUGACCAGCCCGAGUCACAGCGCAGGCGGCAACUGGAUCGUCUGGACAGAGAGGAAGCCUUCUACCAGUUUGUCAACAAUCUAAGCGAUGAGGACUAUCGUCUCAUGAGAGACAACAAUCUUUUAGGAACCCCAGGAGAAGCAACAGAGGAUGAACUGUUUAGUAGACUUCAUCAUAUUAAAAAUGGUCCAGAGCAGCAGAAUAACACCCCCAGGACUGAAAAUGGAGAAGAACCAGGAGAGCAACCCGAAACCUCAGAGGAUCCAGCUAACGGAGAUAGUCUCCUUGAAUGGCUAAAUACAGUAAGACGCACAGGAAACACAACUAGGACUGGUCAUCGUGGAAACCAGUCAUGGCGGGCAGUUAGUCAGACCAACCCAAACAGUGGAGACUUUCGCUUUAGCCUGGAAAUCAGCGUUAACCGCAACCUAGCAGAGCAGCAGGCAGCUGCAGAAGGAGAGCAGCAAACUGCUCCGUCUCAAGCAGCGGAGGAAAAUACUGAACCGCAAGUUUUCAUGGAGACGGGGGUGGUAGAAGAACCAGUUGUUGAGGAGAUGGCUGUCAUAGUAGAACCAGAGCCUGAACGGGAAGAGGUUGUUUCAGAAGAGACACUUGGAGAAGCUCCCAGCUCACCAGUUGUUGUGCCAGUUCCACCCACUCUUUCCUCUUCUCCACGUAGAGGGCACAGGAGGGCCCGUAGCCGUAGUUCUGAGCCAUGCAGAACCCGGGCUCGCACAGCCAGGAGCCGCUCCCCUCUCCGUUUAGAUCAGUUGGAAGAGCUCCCAAAUCCUCGUUUUGCCCAAAUGUCUCAAGGCCCCAGCACAGACACCAGCGCUCCACCUGCGCCUCAUGUUGAGGGUAGUUCUCGGACUCGACAACAUGUUCUUUCUAGACAAAGUGCACCUGAGAUUGACACUCAGCAGCCCAGUGUUGAAACGGAGCAAAGCCCCGAGACCCCAAACGUCACAUCUCCUGAAGGAGAAACCGGAGUAGAAGGUGGGGCAGCUGGACGGCGGCCUCCGACUAUCAUGCUUGAUCUUCAGGUACGUCGCGUUCGUCCAGGCGAAUAUCGCCAAAGAGACAGCAUUGCCAGUCGUACCCGUUCACGUUCACACAACUCAAACAACACGUUUCUUUAUGAAAGCGAGCGUGGUGGAUUUCGUAGGACUUUCUCACGCUCGGAGCGUGCUGGCGUGCGGACGUACGUCAGUACAAUUCGUAUCCCUAUCCGCAGAAUUUCGGAUGCAGGUUUGGGAGAGGCGACCUCAAUGGCUCUCCAGUCUAUGAUUAGACAGAUCAUGACAGGCUUUGGUGAGCUUGGCUACCUCAUGGAUUCAGACUCAGAUUCCACCGAUUCGAACCGUGGAGCAAAUGCGUCUGCAGAUGUAUCUGAAACCCCCAAUAACCCAGAGGGUACCACUUCUCCUGCUCCAGCUCCUACUGUUGAUGAACCACCUGUAGCUGCUGGUGUCCGAGCCAGAACUGUUGACACUGAUGCGGAUGAGGGCCUUGUCACUGGUCCGCCGGCCUCUGGUGUCAGGGCUCGACCCAGUCCGCCGCUUAGCCUCGAAGAGCCCAGCUCUUUGCCCCUUCUACGACUGGCUCACUUUUUCCUAUUGAAUGAUGAAGAUGAGGACCAGCCCCAAGGGCUGACCAAAGAACAGAUUGACAACCUGGCCAUGCGCAACUUCGGCGAGAAUGAUGCCUUGAAAACUUGCAGUGUCUGUAUAACAGAGUAUGCAGAAGGAAACAAGCUCCGUAAGCUUCCCUGCUCCCAUGAGUAUCAUGUGCACUGCAUUGAUCGUUGGCUAUCAGAAAACUCCACUUGUCCAAUCUGUCGCAGGGCUGUCCUGGUGUCUACCAAUAGAGAGAGUGUUGUGUAAUUAAACAUGCCUUAUUGUUCUCACUUUAAUUAUACAAUAACCCAUGUUCAUUAACCAUGUAAAGUAGAAGGAUAUCUGUUGAAAUGUAUUCCUUUCAUACUGUUUGGUUUUAUUGUGACUAUUGAUUUGGGCUGGUCCAUGCUGUGAGACUGGCGGAGUUAAGGGUUGUUGUGGUUUCAUGAUGUAUCCAAUUAUGAACAUUGGUUAUCAUGUGUACAUUUUUUUAAUCAGUGGAAAAUCUUCCCUGCACAAGACCCCCUCCUCUUAUUUUCAAGUUCUUAAUGUAUACAUGCAUAUUCAAAAAAAGGCCCUUGGUUGCUGUUAAAAUGUUUUUCUCAGCCAAAUCAUUUUUUUUUCCAUUGCAAAAGAUCAUUGUACAACUAAUAUGAAUUGAGUUAUCCCUUUUUAAGACGGUUAUUGUGCUUAGAAAAUGGCAUACCACUUCAACCUUGUGUACAUUUGUAGACAUUUAUUAUAACUAGUUUACAACUUUCCAAAGUUAUUCACACAAACCAUGCAUGCUGUUUGAAUCAACAUUUAGUGACUAUACUGACUUAUGCACUGGGUCAAGUUGUAAAAGAAAGCCAAUAUAUACAAAGAAAAAUCUCUGAUAAUAAAAGCUGUGCAUCUGCAGGCAGUUUGGGCAGCUCAAAUCUGCACCAUUCUUUUUUAUUGGCUCCUGAACGAAGCCUUAUAUACUAUAAGGUGUGUAUUGGUACAGUUGCGUUACAAUAGGUCAAAGUAUUAGCUGUAAAUAAGCUUGUAUAAAUAAUUUUGAAUCAUGCUUUGUAUCAGCGGUUUUAAUUUUAAAUUGGGGCGAAUUUUGCAAUGUUAUUGUUUACCAGCACAACCCAUUUAAACAGCUGGUGUCAGUGUGUGAGUCAAAUGGGACAGUUUGCCAUUACAUGUGACAUGUAAACAGCCAUAUUUGUUCACUAUGGCAUGAUAUAGCUGUGUAAUACAAUUAUUUUAUAAAGUAGGUUAUUCAGGAAAAAGCAAAUCACCUUUGGCUGUUAAAAAAGAAAAUCGAAUUACAUUGAUGUUACAAACUUGGUAUGUCUCAGUUUUUGAUAGUAUGUUGGGUUGAUAUAGUGUUCUAGGCAUGGUGAUUAACCCCUGCACCCCUCUUAAAGCUUUUUUUUUUUUUUACUACUAUUAUAGUAACAUGGCCAAAAUAUUUUCUUUCAUCACACGUAAAUGGUUUAUAAUAUUUUUAUGUAAAAAAUUUCAACAAUCCUUUUUCCCCGUUUGAUCUAUUGCUAGUCGACUUCAUUUCCACAUUUAUACGUCCUAUCUCACAAGCCACACUUCAUACAUCUUAAACCUUCCACCUUAAUAGGUGUGGCCCUAGGUCCUAGGCUCGGUCUCGGGUCCCACAACCCAUUCCUUUCAUUACCGGUCUUCUCCCACUUGGCAAUAUUUCCACUGCUACACCGAUGACACCAGAGGUGGUGGAAAUAAUCGAUUUUUAGAUGCAUCACAGUUAGAACAUGGACAAUUAUGAAAAUGGAUUAGUAAAUGUCGAUUUAUUUAUUGAAAAUAAAGUUAAUCAAACAGUUCUAAAACGUAUUUGACUAGCGAGCCACCUCAGAGAUCUGACCAGCUCCUUUAUUUUUGGGCACUUAUGUUCCAGUUUUACACACAUUUCCAUUAAUUUGAUAAGUGUGGGAAUAAAUUGAAGUGUUUGUUAUUACAAAUGCACUGUUUUUAAAAGUUGCAAGAGAUAAACGCGUAUUUAGUGAAGCGAAAAAUGUACAACCGUCAAUAUUUAUAAAUUGAAGAUGCAUCAAUAAUUGAUUUUUAAUCGAAUUGUGAGGGGCCCACAGAUGUCCACAUUCACCUCUGGUUUAGCUCCAAUAAGAUGAAAUGGUGAUAAAAUUCAACUCCUUAUUGGUACAAAAUCAUCACAACCCCUAAGUUGAUAGCUUCACUCUAUUGACAGCUUUUAGUCGUUCCCGCCUCUCUGCUUAAGGGUCUAAGUAUCACCUUUGAUAGCAAACUCAUUCCAAUUGCCCCCUCGUGACUUCUUCCAUUUUCGCAACAUUAAAUCAGAUCUGUCCGCCCUGCCUCCAUCUUGGUUCAGUCUGCAACUCACUCCUUGGUCUGCCCCAUAAGUCCCUCCACAAGCUCCUUAACUGCCCGGUUCAUAACAGAACCUUCAUUGGCUCUCGGUCAGGCAGUUAAUUGACCACAGACCCCUUUAUGCCUUUAAAUUAAUUUGCAUAAUCACCCCUCCUUCCUUGUCUGACCCACACAUGAGACUUUGCUGUCUCAUCUGCCCACUAAACUCUUCAUUUUUAACACCUGACAUUCAAAAUAUUUAACGCCUUCAAAUUCCGACUCAAAACCCACGUUUAAAUGCUUCUACACUGUCCAUUUUUUGUCUGUUACGUGACUUUACCUGCAUCUUGUAAAGUGUCCUUGGGCUUUUCGAAAGGUGCUUAUAGAUUGUUUUGACAGUUUCACAUUGAGGUGACAUUAUUAGGAUAAAUGCCUCCUUAAUAACAGAACAUUAUAAUUAAUGUAAAAUCAUAACUCUUACCAUUGCACUUUUGUCUUUAUUGUCAAGAUGUUUGACCGCCGACUGUCCAUAAGUACAUGACGUAAGCUGUUAUGAAAACCAUUGACUAAUAGCUGAAAUCCUAAAUGAAGGCAUCGCAUCUUAAAAAUGUAUAGAUUAUGUGACUUAUUUUUUACAGCACUGCUAAUUAACAAGAGCGCGUGUCUACAGGAUGAAGAGGACAUUGUAUUUUCAUCCUGUGGCGUAUUACUUGUCCCUCAUCCAUGGCACGGUUAUUACACUUUGCUUUUUUGCAGACCAACAACAAAAAAAUGAAUGCAAGAUUGUCACUGUUCAAUUAAAUAAACUUCUGUAUAAACUGUUCCUUUUUGGGGCCAUGCUUGGCCUUGUUCUGUGACCCACCCAAUUUGAGUGGGUGUUAAGGGAGACUAACCGCUGAAUUAAACAAGUUGUUAUGCUA